AUGCCGACUCCUAUGCACGAAGCUGCUUGGCAUACUUUCAGUGAGAUUUUUGGCCUGUGGCAUAAUGCCCAGGAAAGUCGUCUUUUACCUGCAGGAGGUGGAACUGUUGAAGGCUCUACACGCAGAAAGACGCCUGACACUAGCUGGAGGAGCUCAAUCAAACCACCCCGAAGAGAUUCGAGGUGGCCCACAAUAGUCGCUGACGUAGGGUGGUCCGAGACAUGGGCUAAACUAAGGGAAGAUGCUCGAUUCUGGCUCUGCGAAUCAAACCAACAGGUCAACGUUGCCCUUACAAUCAAGGUAACGAAGAAGGGGAAUAUUACGAUUGAGAAAUGGGACGUCACUACAAACACUGGGGGUGUUGAGCCUAUCCAAACAAUGAGGAUCUCUCGGAAGCGACGUACCGGCCCAAACCAGUACCAUAUCUCGGGCUCGAUAGAUAUCCCGUUCCAAGACUGCUUCCUUCGCGCAAAGAGGGGCAAUGAGACGGAUUUUCGUCUGUCGAACGACAAUUUGAAGAGCAUUGCAGAAGCUGUCCGGGAAUCUAUGUCCUGGCGGAGUGGCUAG